AUGAAAAGGUCAACCACCGCUAUCGUCGGUCUCGUAUUGAUAGGAUCAACAUCAGCAUUCAGAGAUACUUCUCCUAUCCUCAUCUGGUCCUCCUCCCCUAAUGCAGCUCUGAGAGAAGCAGCGUCAGAGAUAACGACCGGUGUGAUAUCUGCCGAUGCUAUCUACUCUUCACUGUCGUCCCUCGGUUGCGACUGGAAUACGAUUGUCUCUGUCCAAGUAGAAGAUCUACACCAAUCUCACCUUUCUUCACUUCCCCUCCCCGCUUCUCCAGACCUUCAUGUCCCUUACCUCGUCCGACCCUCCCGAUCUUCUCUGGAUGCCUCACUUGAAGAAUGGGCCUUAGUCUGCGGGGCAUCCACUUCUGCCUCCUCGACCGACCAAAAAAGACUGUUACAGUAUUCUUCUUCUCGCUCAGAUCUGGAAAAGACCAUCACUUCUCUACCUACAUACGACCUCUUCAUCUUAUCCGGCACUCGAACGCUCAGUGACCUUCCUGAUUUCACAAAUCAAGACGCUACACGUUUGAGGGAAGAAUUAAAAAGACAAGAACAACCUUUCCCCUCUGAUUCCCCCUCCUCUCCAGAAGAUCCGGACGACGAACCAAGUUCUACGCCCACAAGAAACUCUACCAUCCCCACUGGUGGACCUUUACUGGACCGAGUGCAGAUUAUCACCACACCUAUCAUCUUAGGUCUCUUGAUCAGUUUAGGGGUGUUGUUACCUAUCCUCGUUGUUGGUAUCAGUGCCUUGGCAGGUAUUCAGGUACCUCCUCGUAUGUUAGAGAUUGGCAAAAGUCUCAGUGUCAGUCAAGAGAGAAAGGAGCAAUGA